AUGUCAGUGCUUAAUGUCUGGGAUCACAUUAUGGAAAAACACUUCAGAUUACAUAAACUGAAAAAACCAGAACAGGAGCCUCCCUGUUUCCCGCCUACAAUUAUUAUUAUGCUUUCUCGAGCCAAUUUGAUAGUUACUCACUUGAAGCAAUGCUCCAAGAUCAGAGAUUUGGAUUCGGCACUAGGCAAUAUGAUCAAAGUAGCAGCAACCCAAGAUUGCUUUCUAAUGAACCAAUUCAUCACGGCUUGUUCUUCCGUUGGCGCGACGGAACAGGCCGUUUCCGCGGCUGCCCAGAUGGAGAAUCCGAAUGUUUUUGUUUACAACGCGAUGCUAAAAGGAUUCGUCGAGAAUCGUCGACCCGUUGAGGCUCUCGAGUGCUAUAUUCAGCUGAUGAGAGCUCAGUUGUCGCCGACGAGUUAUACCUUUUCGUCUCUGGUUAAAGCCUGCAGCUUUGUUGGCGGCGAUGGUGGGAGGGUUGGGGAAUCAGUUCAUGGGCAGAUUUGGAGACAUGGGCUUGCUUCGAGCGUGUUUGUCUGCACGACGUUGAUAGAGUUUUACUUUGAUUUGGACAGAAUUGGUGCGUCCGUCAAGGUGUUUGAUGAAAUGCCUGAGAGAGAUGUCUUCGCGUGGACCACGAUGGUUUCUUGUCUUGCUCGUGCAGGGGAUUUGAGUUCCGCAAGGAGGUUGUUUGACUUGAUGCCUGGAAGGAAUGUUGCUACUUGGAACACAUUGUUGGGCGGAUAUGCAAGAUUGGGGGAUGUAGUAUCGGCUGAAUUGCUAUUCAAUCAAAUGCAUGCUAAAGAUGUUAUUUCAUGGACUACGAUGAUCAACUGCUAUUCCCAGAACAAGAAAUUCAGAGAAGCAUUAGGAGUCUUCAAUGAGAUGACCAAGAAUGAGAUUCCUCCUGAUGAAGUGACCUUGGCAAGUGUGAUUUCAGCAUGCGCCCAUCUCGGAGCCCUUGACUUAGGCAAGGAAAUCCAUUACUAUGUGAUGCAGAAUGGAUUCGAACUCGAUGUCUAUAUCGGAUCUUCUCUUAUCGAUAUGUAUGCAAAAUGUGGAUCCCUAGAGCGGUCUCUUUUGGUGUUUUACAAAUUGAGAGAUAAAAACCUCUUCUGCUGGAACUCCAUCAUCGAAGGGCUCGCAGUCCAUGGAUACGCAGAAGAAGCUCUAGCAAUGUUUUCCAAGAUGAAGAGGGAGAGAAUCAAACCGAAUGGGGUGACUUUCAUCAGCAUCCUAAGUGCUUGUGCUCACUCGGGGCUUGUUGAAGAAGGCCGAAAGUGGUUCAAGAGCAUGACUUGUGAUUAUCAUUUCCCUCCACAACUAGAGCAUUAUGGUUGUAUGGUUGAUCUAUUGAGCAAAGCCGGUUUGCUCGAAGAAGCUCUCAGGCUUAUUAGAACCAUGAACUUGGAACCAAAUGCUGUUAUUUGGGGAGCAUUGCUUGGCGGAUGCAAGCUUCACAGGAACUUUGAGAUUGCACAGAUUGCUGUUGAGGAGUUGAUGGUAUUAGAACCGGGGAAUAGUGGCCAUUAUGCUCUUUUGGUUAGCUUGCACACUCAGGUUAACCGGUGGAGUGAUGCUGCAAACAUUAGGUGGAAGAUGAAGGAACUUGGAGUUGAAAAGUGUUCUCCUGGGUCCAGUUGGAUUGAGGUUGAGAAGAGAGUUCAUCAGUUUGCUGCAUCGGAUAAGUCUCACCAUUCCUCGGUUGACAUACUGUCUGUGUUAAAUCAACUAGAUGGGCAGUUAAAACGAGCUGCAAAUAGACCUCCUGGACUUUGCCUUCAGUAAAAGAUUUCAAAUUUCAGGAAGAUGGUUACUUCUACGUUGUACAAUUGUUUGCAAAUUUAGCCUACAACACCAAGGAGGCAUAGCUUGUUAGUGAAGCUUAAAUUCUCGCGUCAUCGACCACUCUUCUUCCACUCUGAUAGUAGCGAAGGUGAGUUCUUCCAUUGUACUUCAUCUUCCUGAAUAGCCUAGGCCUUUCUUCACUGACCAAACCUUCAACUGGUUCUAUUUCAUUACCAUCGUGAGGAAUAGAAGGUGCAGCCAGGGAUAUCCUCUUCCUCUCAGAGUUCACUACUGCUCUGUGAAUCGGGCUCUUGAACUCUCCAUUGCUCAUUAUCUGUUCACAUAUUUCAUUCAUAUCAUAUUGUGUUAGAUGCUUAAAUCUCAGUUUCCCAUCAUGGCAUUGGCAUCCAAAACGACUUAUAGCUUACUUACCUCUAGGUGUUCGCCAGCAUUGAGGACCAGAGCAUCCGGGAUCACCGGAACUCUAAACCAUUGACCAUCUUUCAGAACUUGAAGGCCUUCCACUUCUUUGUCUUGCAGGAGAAAAGUGAUCACUGUUCCAUCAGAAUGUGGCUUGAGCCCAAGGACUUGAUCUGGCCUCGGACAUGGAGGGUAGAAGUUGAAUCUUGCAGACAUGAUCACCGGUUCUCCAAUCAUCCGCAGAAAGACGCUCUCAUCCAGCUUCAAUGACUUUGCCAUGGCCUUCAGCAUGACAUCAUGAAGCACCUGCAACUUGGUGCUGUAUUCAUGGAGAACUUCCCUGAAGCAAG